UUAACUUAUUCUCCAGAACCACUGGGCGAAUUCCAACCAAACUCUGUCAAAAGCAUCCUUGGAUGAAGGGCUUUCAAGUUUGUUCAAUAGGGAGAUAAUCACAAAAAUAGGGUGGGGUCAUUUUAAAAUCUUCUCAAGAACCACUGGGUCAGAAGAGCUGAAAUUUACAUGAAAGCUUCCUGACAUAGUGCAGAUUCAAUUUUGUAAAAAUCAUGGCCCCUGGGAGUAGGUUGGGGCCACAAUAGGGAUCAAAGUGUUACAUGCGAAUAUAUAGGAAAAAUCUUUAAAUAUUAGCCAAGGUGACUUAUGUGAGCGAUGUGUCCCAUGGGCCUCUUGUUUAUAUAGGACUGUGUCUCAGUAUUUAUCAAAGCAUCACUUCUUCCCAAUCUUUGACGAAUUAUGAAAAAACUGCAACCAAAUGACUAACCAUGAUAUAUGAAUACAGGUUGGCACAUUAUACUUAGGUGACUUUAAAGGCCCAUUGGCCUCUUUUUAUUACACAAUUCACAAACAUAAAGAUUUUAUGUCCCAUUAUUCUUUGGUAUUAAAAAAAAGUGUAGGAGAAAAAAAAGAAGGGUAAAAAAAAGAAAAAUGCCAACCUACCUAUCUAUCCAAAAACUAAAAAAAAAAAUCAACACAAAAGCAGAAAUAAUUUUUUAAGGCCAUAUGGACACUGCCAAGUGUAUUACUGGCGAGGUAUGUUAGAUCGUGUAUUACAUACAAUGCCCUUUACAUCUUGUAACAUCUGUAGUACAGGUUCUGCCUUACCUUUUCCAUGGAUAGCCAGUUGAUAAAGCUCCCUUUCUAUUGAUAUUUUAUUGUUUUUAUUAGCUUGUCUGUGCUAAAAGCUCAAGGAAGCUUUUUUGAUUGAUGUUUGACCACGGUAAAAGUUGAAAGAUUUGGUUCGAAAAGUUUAAAAGAUGGAGUCAUCAGUAUUAACAUGCAUCACUUCUGAUUUAUGUUCAGUAUUGGAGCUCUCGUCAAACCACAAAGUAUUGUUAAGUGUGAAGCCAUGGCAACAGGAUAUGAAGACCAUGCUUCCAAACGCAUGAAAAUGGACAAAUCCAGCGAGGAUCCCAUCAAGCCCUCCCCGUCACCCGUGGUCCAUGUCCGAGGUCUCUAUGACAACAUCAUGGAACGGGACCUCACAAGAGCCGUCCAGCAGUUCGGAAGUGUCAGCUUCGUUGUGCUCAUGCCAAAGAAACACCAGGCUCUGAUUGAGUUUGAGGAUAUCUCGGGAGCCACUAAUUGUGUUAAUUACUCAAAUGAGAACCAAAUUUUUGUGGCCGGUCAGCCAGCAUAUUUCAAUUACUCCACCAGUCAGCACAUUCAAAGGCCCGGUCCAAAAGACGACAACAGACCAACAAAUCACAUCCUGUUGUUCACCAUCUUAAAUCCUCAGUACCCCGUCACAGUCGACAUCAUGCACACAAUCUGUAGUCCUUACGGACAAGUGGUGCGAAUCGUUAUCUUUAGGAAGAGUGGCAUGCAGAGCAUGGUUGAAUUUGAUAAUGUAGAGUCUGCCAAACGAGCAAAGCAAGCUUUAAAUGGUGCUGACAUUUACUCAGACUGUAAUACACUGAAAAUAGAGUAUGCAAAAACAGACAAACUCAAUGUGUUUAAAAAUGACCAGAACAGCUGGGAUUACUCAAAUCCAAACUUGAACAGCGAAGCUGCACCUCCCAGAAAUAUGCCACUUCUGCCAGAGCCUGGUGGUGGUAAUGCUCCUUACAACAGAAGACCAGGUCCAGGGGGUCAGGCAGGAUUUGGAGGAUAUGGAAGGGAAGCGGGCCCAAAUCAGAGUUACCAAGGAUACCAAGGAGGGGGCUAUGGUGGGGGAAUGUAUGAACAAGGCGAUGGGUUCAAUCAGGGCUAUGGAGCAAUGCCUCAGAGGCAGGCAAGCUAUGGGCAGGAAGGAUUUGGGAGGAAACCUGGACCACCAAUGCAUGAAGAAGGAGGAUAUGGCCGACCGAUGCCGCCUCACGGGUAUCAAGACCAGGGUGGGCCACAUCCGGGGUCCAUGAUUCAGGGGGCAGUUGUCAUGGUGUAUGGUUUGAAUCCGGAUCACAUUAACUGUGACAAACUAUUUAACAUUUUCUGUUUGUAUGGAAAUGUUGCUAGAGUCAAGUUUCUGAAGAGUAAGGAAGGAUCAGCCAUGGUGCAGAUGGGAGACUCGCUAGCUGUGGAGAGGAGCAUACAAAAUCUCAGCCAUGUCACUUUGUUUGGCAGCAAGUUAACACUGGCCGUUUCCAAACAGGCAUUUUUACAAGAUGUUCCGAAUCCUUACGAAUUGCCUGAUGGGUCUCCAUCCUUCAAGGACUUCAUGGGGAGCAGGAACAACAGAUACGCAAAUCCUGAGCAGGCCAGCAAAAACAGAAUCAUGGCUCCCACAAAGGUUCUACAUUACUUUAAUGUUCCUCCUGAAAUGUCAGAAAAAGUUUUAGAGGAAGUCUUCACCAACGUGGGAGCUGAAUGUCCCCAGAAAGUUAAACAGUUUCCAGCCACCAGCGCACGAAGUUCAUCUGGACUGGUUCAAUUCAAAGACAUCGAGGAAGCUGUAAAUGCCCUGGCAUUGGCCAACCACGCUUCAAUUCCAAAUCCCUCUGGAAAAAGUCCAUACGUGAUGAAACUCUGUUUCUCGGGUAGUCCUAUUGGAGGACGAUAGAGGACAGGCUUUUUAGGAUUCAUACUGUAUAAACAAACAUGAAAUUGUGCACCUAACAAUCGGUCAAACUUGCAUAAUUCAAAUUCAUUUUGUGUACAUGUCAAGAAAUUAGUUCUCACCUGUGUUGUGAAACUUUGGUGUAAAUGUUUCAUUUGUGAACGUGAAAUAAUGGGUUUUGCAUUCCUCUGUAUAGUGUUUGUAUACAUAAUUAUGUCUGUAACUAUCGCUAAAUGUUUCAGUUCGGAGUGAACAGGAAUCAAAAUUUAUCAUUAAUGACUUUAGAAACAAAAAUUUUAAGAGAUUAACUUUUUUAAGAAGGAACAUUGAUUUAAAAAAUGUGGGGUUUUUUUACCUGCAUUUUUUUUCUUUGAUGAUGUGUUGGAUUAUUUUUUUAGAGACUUGUUUUUAAUAAUAGAACUGGAAUAAAAUGUACAGAUGUGUAA